CCCACGUCGCUUGUCAGGCGCAACGCUCUUUGCGAGCGUGAAAGACGAUUGGAGAACGAGAACAGGCAUUGGACGACUACGUCGUGGUAAGGAAAAUUCGUAGGAGUAGGGACGAAGUUUCCCACCACGUUAUUGAUGGAUGCUGAUGAGUGCGGGUGCGAGAGUGACCGCCUCCCAUAAUUACGAAACCGCUCUGCGAUCAUUUCGCGAUUAGCCUGGGUCAUUGCCUAAGCACAGCAUUUCAUCGAGGAUCACAGAUCAUAAUAAGAGUACGAGGAGAAGAGAGGAAGCAGGAGGAAACGACGUCAACGACGUCGGAGACAGUAGAGGCCGGAAGACAUCGAGCAGCAGUAGUGGCGGUGGCGGCGGCGGCGGCGGCGCUAGCGCUAGCGAACACGCAAUUGUGCGUGUUACCUUUCUGCCGGAGAUUGUUACGAAAUCGAAGAGAGAGAAGGAAAGUGCGAUUUCGCGCUCGACAUGCCUUGACUGUCUCUAAGCCCCCGCGCGAUUCUCCACCAUCAUGUGCAAUUUGUCCGCGCGUAAAAUUCUGCGCAUCCCCGUUCUUAUCUCGGAGCAAGAUUCUCGUACGCAGCAAGCAUCUAUCGCGAGAGAGAGUUUAACAUCAUAAAGUAUGUCGUUGUGGCAGAGAGCAGAAAAGUUGCCAGAAGAGAUACAGAAAGAAAUACACACUGUAUAUAGUGAAAACAAAUUUCCAAUUGAAGUGAGACAUUUCUUAUCAUCAUGGUUAGAACAACAAUUAUUGAAUUCAAAUUCGAAUAUACAAAGUGAGUCAGACAUAAUUAGUUUUCUUGUAAAAAUGAUACAAGAGUUAGAAAUCAGAAUGGGCAAUCUACAAAGUGGAGAUAACUUUUUGAUGAAAUUAAAGUUAUUAGAUGCUUCUAAAAUACUUCGUCAAAAAUAUAAUGAAGAUCCACUGAGGCUGUUUCUUACAAUAAAAUAUUGCUUAGAUACAGAAACGAAACUUGUGGUACAAGCUGAAAACUUAGGACAUCCAAAAAAAUCACAUGUGAAUAUCGAUAAGAUUGCAAUAUCAAGCGAGUCGGCCAUGCAAAUAAAAAAACAGUUCGCAAUUUUACAUCAAAAUGUAUACGAAAAUACGAAUGACCUACGAAAGCUUGAAGAAGAACAACAAGACUUUUCUAUUCUAUAUAAUGAAUAUACAAAGGUAAACGCGGCUAAUGUACAACAGCUCUCUUCGCAUACUCCCAUGGAGUUCGAAAAAGAAAUCAAAAGACAAAAAAAUGACAGGGAUUUGGCAUUGAGAAGCAAAACAGGUUCUAUAGUACACUUGCGUAUGCAAUGUAUGGAUAAAAUGAAAGAUGUCAUUACUAAGUUGAGUAUAUUACAAUCGAGAAUUCUCGAUGAGGAACUUAUCAGUUGGAAGAGAGAUCAACAAUUAGCUGGCAAUGGGGCAUCUUUCACUGGUAAUUUGGAUAUGAUUCAGAAUUGGUGCGAAAAUCUCGCUGAUAUAAUUUGGUCGACUCGGCAACACAUCAGAGAUGGGAUACGUCUAACGAACGACUUCGCUAACUUUAAUAUAUAUGUAACGAAUAUGCUGCCGAAUAUUUUCCCAACUUUAAACACUCAAAUUACGCAACUGCUUAGUUCGUUGGUUACAAGUACUUUUAUUAUUGAGAAACAACCUCCACAAGUUAUGAAAACCAACACUCGUUUCACGAGCACGGUGCGCCUUCUUGUCGGCGCUAAAUUGAAUGUUCACAUGACACCGCCGCAAGUAAAAGCCAGCAUAAUUAGCGAAUCGCAAGCGAAUGCUUUGCUGAAGAACGAUAAAAUGAAGAAUGGCGAAGUCAGUGGAGAGAUUUUAAAUAACGUUGGCUCGAUGGAAUAUCAUCAGUCGGUUGGACAACUGUCGGUGAGUUUUCGCAACAUGCAGUUGAAAAAAAUUAAGCGAGCCGAGAAAAAGGGCACAGAAUCCGUGAUGGACGAAAAAUUCUCGUUACUUUUUCAAUCGCAUUUUUCUGUCGCUGGCGGCGAAUUAGUAUUCGAAGUUUGGACCCUGAGCCUGCCCGUAGUCGUAAUUGUACACGGCAAUCAGGAACCGCAUGCUUGGGCCACAGUUACUUGGGAUAAUGCUUUUUCUGAAGCAGGGAGAGUGCCGUUUCUCGUACCUGACAAAGUACUAUGGCGACAAGUAGCGGAAGCUUUAAAUAUGAAAUUUACCUCAGCUACUGGUCGCACUUUGACCGCGGACCAUCUCAGAUUUCUUGCGGAGAAAGCAUUCCGCGGUACUAUAUCGCCAGAUUAUUCGAAUACGCCGCUGAGCUGGGCACAGUUCUGCAAAGAACCAUUGCCCGAGAGAAGUUUCACAUUUUGGGAAUGGUUCUAUGCUAUCAUGAAGUUGACCAGGGAACAUUUAAAAAGUCCAUGGAUGGACGGAUGCAUUCUUGGAUUCGUCCGAAAGAAGCAAGCGGAAGAGAUACUGGCAAAGUGUCAGGCAGGCACUUUCUUGAUGCGAUUUUCCGAUUCUGAACUCGGUGGUAUUACUAUUGCAUGGGUUGGAGAACAAAAGGAAGUUUUCAUGCUCCAGCCAUUUACGGGCAAAGACUUCGCCAUUCGUAGCUUGGGCGACCGCAUUUACGAUCUACAACACUUGUUGUAUCUUUAUCCAAAUAUAAAUAAAGAUCAGAUUUUUUCCAAAUACUGUACACCAGUUACUGAGCAACCAUCAACAAAUGGAUAUAUUAAGCCGCAAUUAGUAACGCAAGUGCCAGCUUGGAGCACGGCCGGCUUCGGUGGUCAAACACCGUCUCAUUCCUCCGUAGGGGGGAUAAAUAACAACAGCCAAGCUGCACCAAGUGGAAGCUAUCCCGCUACCCCGCAGACCAUAUUUCAAACGCACAGCCCUGAUCCUUCUAUAAGGGACACACCGUCUGUAGCAUCAAGUUACGCUCAGGGUCUCGGCCAGUCAAACAUUGGAUCAUCAAGCUCGGAUUUGAACAUGGAAUUGAUGCAGCCGAUCGACGAAAAUCUCAACCUGGACCAACUACAUAACUUCAACGACUUUGACUUCAUACCAACUUCGUACAACGUUAUCAAGCCACAAUAAAAGGUAUGCGAAUGAUAAUCAUCAUAAAGCUCGAUAUUGAUGUUUUUUUCGAUCUCUAUCAGUUUACGUUCUACACGUUGGUAUAAUAACAGCAUAUAUUAUACAAUGAUAUGUGAAUUAUUUAAUGCAAGGAGGGAAUUAAUAUAUCUUAAAAUGAUUUUUUCCCCCUUAAAAAACUAUUCAUACUCAUGUAUAUACACGCAAUCAUAAUUACGAAAGAAUUAGCUUUCGUACAUCUUUAAAAAAUUGUAAAAAAGUAAAGAAUUGUUAUGAGAACCUCGCUAUUCUCGAUUGUCGUCUUUAUUCUAAAUUUUACAUUAUUUUGAAUAAUUUGGAAUUUUCCUUUUGCGCUAUUCUCCUUUUAUGUCCAUUUGUCAUCUAAUAAUGCAAAAUGACAAAGCGAGUGAAAGAUAAAACGCGGGACGAUGAUAUUUUUAUUUCGCACAUGUGCCAUUAGAGUGGGAGAAUUGAGGGAAGAUUCCAAAAUAAAAGAAUUCGAUACCUGAAUUAGAAGGGUGUUCUAUUACAUAUGCUAUAUCUAUAUAUACAGUGGGAAAGUCUCGAUUGUAGAUACGAUUCUUGAUUGUAAGCAAACGAGCCUUUGAUUCUCGAUAGAACGAUUCUAAAACUUCAACUGAUUACCUGAUUUAAAAGAUUAAGCUUUGAUGCUGACAAAGAGCAAUUUUUAGAGAAAACAAAUCUAAUGUCCUAUUAGUGAAAAAUGACUAAGCAAGCAAUGUAUGCUUACAAUCGGAGAUCACUGUAUAUACAUUUAAAAUAGUAAUAUAUAUCUGUUGAUCAUGCACACAAAUAAAUUACGCAUAAGUGUAAUAAAGUUUGAGGGUCUCUGCACAAAACAUAUUAACACGCGUGAAUGUACGAAAAUAUUUGGCACGCGUAUUUAUUUUUAUUCAAUAUUUUGUGUUGGGAUGAAAAUCUUGAAUUCUUCCCUCUUUGUAAAUAUUUCUGAAUCGAAAAACGGAGGAUCUUUCGAUGUUUGGUCAAUGCCUUCUUUCUACUUUUCUUCUAAAUCUUUUAUUUUUUAUACAUUAAUAUGUGAGUUUAUACUAGUGAGAAAGCGACACCAAAAAUUAUUUCUUUGCACUACAGUUGAUGUUUUGAUGACAUUUUAUCGAAUCUUUGCUUUUUCUUACAUUCUUCAUAUCUCCUUUAACGUUAUCAUUUAAUGGCAUUACUUUAAAUUUUUGUAGAAUAUAAACAAAUCUACGUACAAAGAUUGUUAUUAUCUACGAUAUAUGAAAAGAGUUGAAAAGGCUCUUAUAAAUAUAAUUACAUACCUUAUAUAUAAGAAUAGAAAUUCAAUUCGUAUCUAUACAUUGUAUGACAUAUAUAUACAUAUAAAUUCAUGUAUAUAUAAAAAUUAUUUUUAUUAAAUGCUUAUAUCUUUUUGUAGAAAAAAAUGUUAACAGAUAAUCUGCUCAUUUUUUCUUUUUUUUUGUUUAAUGUUUAAUGAUAAUUCAAAGAAUAUUUGAUAGUCGCAAAUUGAUUUUUUACACUUUUAGAGAACACUGUAUAAAAAAAAUAAUGUUAUUAUUACUUUCAAAUUUAAAAAUAUGUUUAGAAGAAUUAGAUAUAGGAGCUAGAUAUUUACCGAAGAGAUUUUGAGAGUACAAGAAAUGUUAAUUAAAAAAAUAGACAAUCAUCUUCAUAUACAUAUACAUGAUUGUAUAGUCAAGUUUCAAUAGAAUGUUUGGAUUAUUGGAAAAGGAUCGAAUUUUAUAUUGAAUGAAAAAUCUUUGAUUGCAUUUUUUUUGAGUUUUAGGAAAAGAUCAGAUCAAAUCUCUUAGAAUAGAUUAUAACAAUGUGACAUUUGAUAUGAUCUUUUGAGUGCCUUAAAUUUUUUUAAACCUUAUAUUCUUACAUUUUUCGGCAAAUUCUAGCCGAUUUAAGAAAAUAAGUUGCAAUUUUUUAAUUAGUUUUUAUUUUAUAUCUUAAUCGUUAUUCCCGCAAUAUUAAAUUUUUAUAUAUACAUAUAUGAUCUUCUGAGAUUUUUCAUGGAAAUUCAUAUAUGCGUUAUUUAGCAGAUAAUCUAAUUUUUGUAGCAAAAAGGGAGAAUGUAUAAAGAAAGAAUAAGAAGAUAUAUAUGAAGAGCAAUCCCAUCUUUAGAUACACACAUAUAUAUAUACAUUGUAAACUUAAAGUUAACUUACUAUGGUCUAUUUUCUUCUAUUUUCUUAUAUGCAUAUAUUAACAGAAAAUUUGUCAAUUAUUAUAUAUGUAUCCAUAAUAUAAAACAUAAAUCCGUCGUGAAUAGGAAUACAUACACAAUGUUAUCUUUAUAUUAUUAUAUGUGUAUGAGAAUGUGCGUUUUGAGUAAAUAUAGGCAUUAUUAUUAUCUAUUGUUCUUUUUAUUGAAAAUUAGAGUUUAUUUUAUUAUCGAGAAUGAUUAAGCGAGAAAUGAUUAUUAUAUUACUGAUGUGCCCAUCUCCUUGUUUACUACAUUGCUAUAUUUGAUAUAACAUGCAUGUUUUCACAAUAAAGUACAUUGUAAAUCAA